AAGGGGAGUAAAAAAAUAUAAUGCAGCGGCAGCGCCAUCUCUUAAACUAGGUACGCUGAAUUUACAAAAUAAAUUAAUCAGUGGCACAUCUAUCUCAGGUUAUAUAGUGUGUUAUCUAUGGUGCGCACUACACAUAUUUACUUGGACAAUGUCAACGGGGCUUAAUACUAUUUUAAUCCAUUUGUAUUUCUAAAGCGGGUAUUUUACAAUUUACAAAACAAUACUUCCAGAAUUUUCUGAAUAUACCUACCAGUGCAACUUGCAAGAAAGAGAAACGUGUCAUAUUAAUUCCGUGUUCAAAGAAAGUGGACGUAGCCUUUAAAAAGUGAAAAAUUAUAGCUUGUUUUUUAAAACAAUCGUCGACCGUUAACGCUAUAUAACAAAGGAGAAGACAUGGACUCGGAAAUAAACGAAAACAGCAAUAAUAUCUGCCAUGAAAUAAAUUACUUCAAGAAUCACGCGACAGAGUUAUUUCACUGCCUAAUAAACAGGGAGAAAAAGCCAGGUCUCUCAUAUUUAACAAUCGAAACACGCUCUAAUAUGAUGGACUUGUUCGUCAGAGGCGAGGGUCCGAGAGGAAAUGCCAUAAUAGUGCAAACGGCAGCAUGGUACUUCGAUACUGUUGCUGCAAGUGCAACAAUUGAGUCAGAUGAUGUCAAGGUGGUUGCUGGCGCUUGUUAUUUGAUGGCGACGAAAUUACACGGCAGUUCCAAAAGAGCGACUGAUUUAGUCAGCAGCCCUGAGAAGGUUCUACGUUUAGAAACCGCGGAGAGAUCUAUAAUGAAACUUUUGAACUUUCCAUGGCAGCCAGUAGUGGCCCAGUAUUUUAUUACCUAUUGGUCGGUGGUCGUGUGUGAUCCGUCUAAUUGUAAGGAGUUUGAGGCAGCAGCCACGUUCAUCCACACGGCAGCACUUGUAAAGUCGAAGGUGCUGAGCUUAAACUAUCCUUCGGUUCUGGCAGCCGCUGCUAUGUGCACAGCCUUAAACAUGCUCGACGAGUUUGAGUUUCUGAAGAGACUCGGCAAAAAUACAAUAUACCAGGAUGUGGUACGAGACAAGAUUCAGCAUUUAACUCUAUGCACGGAACACAGGGAUGUCCUCCUUGCAAUUACUCAAUCUGGCAAAUAUCGAGGCCUUAAUGAAAACAUGGAAGGUCAUCCUUUGAUUAAAAAAAUGUUAAUAUCUCUUCAAAACAAACGUUAUGGCUUUUAUCUCCCCUAAAUCUAUACUUCUAUACUUAUAAAUAAAAUUGGAGUGUCUGUCUGUAAUUUCG